AUAUACGCAUAUCUGACAAACCGCCCAAUCUCCACUGCAACUAGUUGAUCUCAGUUUCUCACUCCCGACCCCGACCCCGACCCCGAGUGCUGAGAGCACAGAAAAUCAAAAUCAAUGGCCAAGUGCUUAGUGGUGCCCCAUUCCUAUUCCUAUUCCUAUUGCUGCUAUAGGAGGAACUCUAGCAGCACCAGGAACAGGAAGGCACCUCCGCAACAACAUCAGCUCAAUUCCUUGGCCGCCGGAGCCGGCACUCUCUUCUCCGUCACCACCUCUUCAAACUCUUACAGUACUCCCCUCAAUUUGCAACGCCGCCGAAUUCUCAGCGCUCUCGAGUCCGAUGUUCCUCACCCUCUUCACCAGGGAUCGGCGAAAUUGAAGAGUAGUGAGAGUUUUGAGCAAUGGGAUUCAUGGACAGCAAAGUUCUCUGGCGCAUCCAAUAUUCCAUUUCUGCUGCUGCAAAUGCCUCAGAUCAUCCUGAAUGCUCAAAAUCUUAUGGCUGGAAAUAAAGCUGCUCUUUUGGCAGUCCCUUGGCUGGGAAUGUUUACUGGUUUGCUUGGAAACCUUUCGCUGCUUUCAUAUUUUGCAAAGAAGAGGGAGAAAGAGGCGAUUGUGGUGCAAACAUUGGGUGUAGUUUCCUUGUAUACUGUAUUUGCACAGCUCUCCUUGGCAGAAGCAAUGCCUCUACCAUACUUUGUGAUUACCUCCAUCGUCGUGGCAACUGGUCUUAUUUUGAAUUUUUUGAAUUACUUUAACUUCCUCAAUCCUGGAGUCUGGCUCUUCUGGGAAGAUUUUAUUACUGUUGGUGGGCUGUCAGUUCUUCCCCAGAUUAUGUGGUCUACAUUUGUUCCAUAUAUACCCAGCAGUAUCGUGCCUGGAGCAUUGGCUUUUGUUUUAGCUGUGGCAGCUGUAAUUAUGGCUCGAAUGGGGAAACUCUCUUCAGAAGGAACCAAAUUUGUUAGAUCAAUAUCUGGAUGGACAGCUACACUCCUCUUCAUGUGGAUGCCUGUUUCCCAAAUGUGGACAAAUUUCCUAAAUCCUGACAACAUCAAAGGCUUAUCAGCUGUCUCAAUGUUGCUUGCAAUGAUUGGAAAUGGACUUAUGAUCCCUCGUGCUCUUUUUAUUCGUGAUUUUAUGUGGUUCACAGGUUCUUCAUGGGCUUCUUUCUUUUAUGGAUAUGGGAACAUUGUGGCCUUAUAUUGGUUUAACAGUAUCAGCAAGGAAUUCUUCUUAGCAGCGACAGCUGGUUUGUUUUUAUGGAUAGGAAUGGCUCUUUGGAGAGAUGCUGUGGUGUAUGGUUACAGCUCCCCUCUCACAUCUUUAAAAGAGCUGGUUUCUGGAUCCUAACUCAAAAGAUCUUUAAGCAAUCCAUAUCAUAAUGUCGGGGAUGAAACAUAACAGCUCUUAUUCCAAUGAGAAGCCAGCAUUUGAUUCUUGUUUGCGGCCAUUGCAGAUCACAACAGUUUUUGUAAGGACAGCUGCUAGGGAUUUGCUUUCUGGCAGUUAACAUGAAAAUGCACGCAGUAGAAUAUUUUGUUAUAGAUUACUUAAAUUCCAAUUCCUGAAAUGUACGGAGUAACUCAUACUCCAUGCCCUGUUACAGUGACCCGCUUGGUGAUGUCAGAAGUCAGAACUUCUGUACCUAUGCAUA